AUGAAUAGUAUUAAACCACCCAUUAUGAUGCAUUUGAAUCGCACAUUUUUGGAGAAUGAGACCCAAUGUUGGAAUGUGAUCUACAUUGGCCUAAUUGUCGAAAUUCCAGUAUUGGUAUUGAAUAUAAUCCAUACAAUAUUCUUCGGAAUUGUUAACGCCCGUGGCAAACAAUUCCAUCAGAAUUGGACCAACAUCAUGACGAUACUGUUCGUUCAGCACACUAUUGCAACUUGCAUUUGGCUCUACCAACGAAUUCAACUAUUCCGAUACGAUUAUGAAGAGUUCGACAUCUAUCAGCCCUACUUCGUCUUCUUCUCAUAUGUUCGAUUCGCGUGCCUCUUUCAAGGCUUAAUGGUCCUUCCGUUCCUCUCAGCGGAACGGGUGUUCGCCUCAAUAUUGCUUGAAGAUUAUUCCUACAAACCGAGGGAAUAUAUCUCGACGAUUCUAAUUAUCAUCCUGUUUGGUAUUGGGGUGUCUUCCAGCAUUCUCUAUCAUAAUGUGCUUCGUGUAAACAUGAAUCGUUUCAAUGGUCCGACAGAGACCCGCUGGGGUAUUGGAUUAGGCGAACGAUAUCAGCUAUCAGAGAAUAUAAAAGUUUGCAAGCUUGUCAACAUCAUUGUCGUUUCCAUGGGUGGUUUUAAUGUGAUCACAUGCUCGACGUUGUUUGUUGAAUAUUUCGAAAGUUCAACAUUUGUAAAAGCUCUGGCAGUUUUCGGCUUCGAUAUUUCAGCAUUUUUGUACAGCUUCAUAUUCCCCUAUGUCCUUUUACACUAUAGCAGCCGAUGGAAGCAUUUGAUGAGAGACAUCUUCAAUUGGUUAAAGAAACUGUGCCAUCGUAACAUCGAGGUUUCGCCGUAUCGUUGCGAAUUGCGGGACACGUUCGGAAACGUGAUGUCCGAUUCAAGCGGCAACGGCUAUUUCAAAGAAAUUGAGAAGAUUUGGAAUAUCGACGCACGCCGUCAUUAUUGA